CCUCCUCCUCCUCCUCCCGGCGUCGGCGCCGCUUUCUGGAAGCUUCGUGAAAGGCGUGGGAGUGUUCCGUUGCUCCGCGGCCGGCUGGAAUCCGCGUCCAUCCGUCCUUCCCAAGCCCACGCAGACCCAGCCAAGUUUGCCAUGCCCGAGAACGUGGCACCUCGGAGCGGGGCGCCCGCCGGAUCUGCCGGCGGCCACAACAAAACCGCCUAUCAGGACCGUGACAAGCCGGCCCAGAUCCGCUUCAGCAACAUCUCCGCGGCCAAAGCUGUUGCUGAUGCUAUUAGAACAAGCCUCGGACCAAAAGGAAUGGAUAAAAUGGUAAAAGACCAAAUAAUUCAUUACUUAUUGAGUACUAUGUCCACACUGCAGAAUCUCAAUAGGGGGUUAAGAUGUCUGGUGGAGCUGUCUAAGGCACAAGAUAUAGAAGCAGGAGAUGGUACCACAUCAGUGGUCAUCAUUGCUGGCUCUCUCUUAGAUUCCUGUACCAAGCUUCUUCAGAAAGGGAUUCAUCCAACCAUCAUUUCUGAGUCAUUCCAGAAGGCUUUGGAAAAGGGUAUAGAAGUCUUGACUGACAUGUCUCGACCUGUGGAACUGAGUGACAGAGAAACUUUAUUAAAUAGUGCCACCACUUCACUGAACUCAAAGGUUGUCUCUCAGUAUUCAAGUCUGCUUUCUCCAAUGAGUGUAAAUGCAGUGAUGAAAGUGAUUGACCCAGCCACCGCUACUGGUGUAGAUCUUAGAGACAUUAAAAUCGUUAAGAAACUUGGUGGGACAAUUGAUGACUGUGAGCUGGUCGAAGGGCUGGUACUUACUCAAAAGGUGGCAAAUUCUGGCAUAACCAGAGUUGAAAAGGCUAAGAUUGGGCUUAUCCAGUUUUGCUUAUCUGCUCCCAAAACAGAUAUGGAUAAUCAAAUAGUAGUUUCUGACUAUGUCCAGAUGGACCGUGUGCUGCGGGAGGAGAGAGCCUAUAUUCUCAAUUUAGUGAAGCAAAUUAAAAAAACAGGAUGUAAUGUCCUUCUCAUACAGAAGUCUAUUCUGAGAGAUGCUCUUAGUGAUCUUGCAUUACAUUUCCUAAACAAAAUGAAGAUUAUGGUGGUUAAGGAUAUUGAAAGAGAAGACAUCGAAUUCAUUUGUAAGACAAUUGGAACCAAGCCAGUUGCUCAUAUUGACCAAUUCACUGCUGACAUGCUGGGAUCAGCUGAGUUAGCUGAGGAGGUCAAUUUAAAUGGUUCUGGCAAACUGCUUAAGAUUACAGGGUGUACAAGCCCUGGAAAAACAGUUACAAUUGUUGUUCGGGGAUCUAACAAAUUGGUGAUUGAAGAAGCUGAGCGCUCCAUUCAUGAUGCCCUAUGUGUUAUUCGCUGUUUAGUGAAGAAGAGAGCUCUUAUUGCAGGAGGUGGUGCUCCAGAGAUAGAAUUGGCCCUACGGUUAACUGAAUAUUCACGAACAUUGAGUGGCAUGGAAUCCUACUGCAUUCGUGCUUUUGCAGAUGCUAUGGAAGUCAUUCCAUCUACACUAGCUGAAAAUGCAGGCCUGAAUCCUAUUUCUACAGUAACAGAACUAAGAAACCGGCAUGCCCAAGGAGAAAAAACUACCGGCAUUAAUGUCCGAAAGGGUGGUAUUUCCAAUAUUUUGGAGGAACUGGUUGUCCAGCCUUUGUUGGUUUCAGUCAGUGCACUGACUCUAGCAACUGAAACUGUCCGGAGCAUUCUGAAAAUUGAUGAUGUGGUAAACACUCGGUAAUUGGAUAAACACUGGCCAACUGGCACCACUGUGGCCACUAACAGUGCAUCUGAAGUGGAAGAUCACCUUGGUGUUCCUUGCUGUUUGGAAGAUUGUUUCCUUUGUGAAUUCCUAGGCCUGCUCUUCAGUUGGCACUUGCUUGAAAUUGUAUUGACAAAACUUAAUUAAAAUAUUAAAUGUUUGGUUUCAAAAAGCAGAUUAAUUUAUUGGGCCUUCUCCCCCAACAUUCUGUUACUUCUGAUAUUCUUGAAAAAUCUAUGUAAGAAGAGAAAAAAAUGAGUUCA